AUGGAUGUUGAUGAAACUGUCGACGGCAAGACCUGGGCUCAUGAUUUUGGACAGUUUUCUGAGGAGCAGUCUAGAUUGUCGUCGGAGCACUUACCAGUUUUUGAGGCUGCUGCUGAAAGCAAUUUAACCAGUCGAUGCAGUCCACCUAUUGCGCAAGUGUCCAAACGCCCCCUGUGUAAAAACAACGCCCUCGAAAGCAAGCUAAAGGAACACAAGUAUGAGUGCCCGAAGAUCGAAAGGGAGUGUUUCGACUGCGGUGUCAAAGUUCUCAACGAAAACCUACAAGAUAACCUGGACGAGGAGUGCCAGAAGCGAGUAGUUCUUUGUGAUGCGUGCCACAGUCUAGUGACUUCCACUCAAUUUGGCAAACACAAGUCUGAGUGUCCGAAGAUCGAAAGGAAGUGUUCCGACUGCGGUGCCAACUUUCUCAAUGAAAAAAUACAAAAUCAUCAAGAGGUGGAGUGCCAGAAGCGAGUAGUUCUUUGUGACGCCUGCAAAAGUGCAAUGUCUUAUGAUGAACUCAGCGAUCAUGACCAGGAGUGCCUCGAGAAACCAGUGUUCUGCGACGACUGUGAGGGUGAGAUACUACGGAAGGAGAGGUUCAAGCAUGCCUUCGAGUGUCCAAUGCGUCUUGUAUACUGCGAGAGCUGUGAAGGAGUGUACGCCUACUCUUUAGAAAAGGAGCACAGGGAGCAGUGUGAAAAAAAUAAACUUGCUUGCGAGUACUGCGAAUUGGAACUGGAAGGCGAUGAUGAAAAAAACGCGCACCUUGUAACCUGCGAAGAUGCUUUGAUAGGAUGUGCUUUUAAAGAGUUUGGAUGCAACGAGAAAGCCCCAAGGAAAGAGAUGCAGGAGCAUGAGAAGCACCCACACAAUGCACUUCUUAAUCAAGUGAUCCUUGAACCUGCUUCCACCCAGGAGAAACAUCGAACGAGUUCCUUAACAUGGAGAGAAGACCAUUUCAGCGAGAACGCGGAUGCCACGGUGAAGUCGGAGGUCGAUGAAGCACCUGCCUGUAAACACUGCAAGGAGGAAUGGGAUGCGCGUGAACUUGGGGAACAUGAGAAGGCUUGUCCUAAAAAAGAAAUCCAAUGCCGAGACUGUGAGGAAUGGAUCACACAGGAGGAGUUAAGUGACCACAAGAAAAACUGCCAGUUUGGGAAGUGCAAUUUCUGCAACGAAAAACUGAAAAAAGAAGAGGACAAAAGAAAAAACAUCAAGUAUCAUGAAGAGCAUGACUCGCAUGCCUUGUUCUUUCUACCGAAAAUUAAGGAACUUCAAGAAAGGAUUCUGCAGCUGGAGCCCCCAAUUCGAGCUAUUUUGCGGCGAUUCCAGCAUCCCACGUGAUCUUUCAAUUAGAAAGUUUGAAGAAAUCCGAGAAAUACGAGUUUCGCCAAAUUAAAAACGUUGAUUAUCCAUUUGA